UGUGGAAACAUUUAGCUCGCUUCUCCCGUUUUCCGUUGAACCGGCUUUGUUGUGUUGUUGCAUGACAGAAUUUAAUAGCGCACCCUAUUUGAAAAUUUCAAUUGUGUUUAUCAAUAUUUUUGGUGGUGAGGUGUUUAACUGUUUCGAAGCCUCGUAGCUUCCUAUCAAAAUGUCGAAAUCGGAAGAGGAAGGUAGUCCUGUUGAAACUCCAGCUGACACUGGCGAAAAUUCUGUAAGUGCCCAUCAUGACUUGCAGACAGAAUCUUCCUCACGUUCGUCGGUUUCUAAAGGCAGAGAUGACUUUGAAAAGAAAACGGAAGUGGACCGAAGCAAAAGGUUUGAUUACCUGUUGAAGCAAACAGAGCUUUUUGGCCAUUUUAUGGCAGCUCCUGGUACAAAAGCUCCAUCAAGCCCUUUAAAAUUAAAACCUGGAAGGCCCCGCAAGGAAAAGAAACCUGCUGAGGCUGGAGACAAUCGUCACAGAAAGACAGAACAAGAAGAAGAUGAAGAAUUGAUGGAGGAGGUCAAGGCAGCAGAGAAAGCUGCCUUGGUUACACGGUUUGAUACUUCUCCAUUCUAUAUCAAAGGUGGAGAGAUGCGUGACUAUCAAGUCCGUGGUCUCAACUGGAUGAUUUCUUUGUAUGAAAAUGGCAUCAAUGGUAUUCUGGCUGAUGAAAUGGGUUUGGGAAAGACCCUUCAAACCAUUUCUUUGUUGGGAUACAUGAAGCAUUACCGUAACAUUAAUGGUCCUCAUAUGGUCAUUGUCCCAAAAUCAACACUUGCCAAUUGGAUCAAUGAAUUCAAAAAGUGGUGCCCAUCACUUCGUACAGUGUGUCUAACAGGAGAUCAAGAAACUAGGGCCAACAUUGUUCGAGAUGAGAUUAUGCCAGGGGAAUGGGAUGUUUGUGUUACUUCCUACGAAAUCGUCAUGAAGGAACGAGCUGUAUUUAAGAAGUUCAACUGGCGCUACAUGGUUAUUGACGAAGCCCAUCGUAUCAAAAACGAAAAGUCCAAACUGUCCGAAAUUGUCCGCGAGUUCAAAACAUCCAACCGCCUACUUAUUACCGGAACACCUCUUCAAAACAAUUUGCAUGAACUUUGGGCUCUACUCAACUUUCUUUUACCUGACAUUUUCAACAACUCUGAGGAUUUCGAUGAGUGGUUUAACGCCAACAACUGCCUCGGUGACGACUCGUUAAUCCAUCGUCUGCAUGCCGUUCUUCGACCGUUCCUCCUCCGCCGUCUUAAGGCUGAGGUGGAGAAACGGUUGAAGCCUAAAAAAGAAGUGAAAGUCUACAUCGGACUUAGCAAAAUGCAACGUGAAAUGUACACUAAAAUCUUAAUGCGAGAUAUUGACAUUGUUAACGGCGCCGGAAAAUUAGAAAAAAUGCGACUACAAAAUAUUCUUAUGCAACUCCGUAAGUGUUGUAACCACCCUUACCUUUUCGAUGGUGCUGAGCCUGGUCCGCCGUACACCACUGAUGAACAUAUUGUUUACAACUGCGGAAAAAUGGUUAUCUUGGACAAACUCCUACCUAAAUUGAAGGCACAAGGAUCUCGUGUACUUAUCUUCAGUCAAAUGACUCGAAUGCUUGACAUCUUAGAGGACUACUCCCUAUGGCGGGGCCAUAAUUACUGCCGAUUGGAUGGUAGCACCCCUCACGAGGAUCGCCAUCGUCAAAUUGAAGAGUACAAUGCACCAGAUAGCCAGAAAUUUGUAUUUAUGCUUUCAACUCGAGCUGGCGGCUUGGGUAUUAACUUGGCCACCGCUGACGUGGUCGUCUUGUUUGAUUCUGAUUGGAAUCCUCAAAUGGAUCUGCAAGCCAUGGAUCGAGCCCAUCGAAUUGGCCAAAUGAAACAAGUCAGAGUCUUCCGCUUCAUCACAGACAACACAGUGGAGGAAAAAAUCGUUGAAAAGGCUGAAGUUAAAUUGCGUUUGGACAAGUUAGUCAUCCAACAAGGGCGAUUACUCGACAAAACAAACAGUGCACUCAACAAAGAUGAAAUGCUCAACAUGAUCAGGCACGGUGCAGAUCACGUUUUUGCCUCCAAAGAUUCCGACAUCACAGAUGAAGAUAUUGACAGUAUUCUAGCUAAAAGCGAGAACAGGACUCAAGAAGUCGCUGAACGUCUAGAGAAACUCGGUGAAUCAUCUCUCCGCAAUUUUACGUUGGACGCACCGACAGAAUCUGUCUAUCAAUUUGAAGGCGAAGACUAUCGAGAAAAACAAAAGUCGAUUGUCGGCGCAUGGAUUGAACCACCGAAGCGUGAACGUAAGGCAAAUUAUGCUGUCGAUGCCUAUUUUAGAGAAGCACUACGAGUUACGGAACCUAAAGCUCCAAAAGCGCCACGACCACCAAAACAACCCAUCGUGCAAGAUUUCCAGUUUUUCCCUCCUCGACUGUUUGAGUUGCUUGAUCAAGAGAUCUAUCAUUAUCGUAAAACCGUAGGGUAUAAGGUUCCUCGUAACUCUGAAUUGGGAGCUGAGGCUGCCAAAGUUCAGCGAGAAGAACAAAGAAAAAUUGACGAAGCCGAGCCUUUAGCGGACGAGGAACAAUCAGAGAAAGAAAGCCUACUUACUCAGGGUUUUACAGCUUGGACGAAGCGGGACUUCAACCAAUUUAUUAAAGCAAACGAGAAAUACGGUCGAGAUGAUAUCGAAAAUAUUGCAAAGGAGGUGGAAGGUAAAACUCCUGACGAAGUGAUGGAAUACAGCGCAGUUUUUUGGGAGCGGUGCCAUGAACUACAAGAUAUCGACCGAAUUAUGGCCCAGAUCGAGCGUGGUGAAGCCAAAAUCCAGCGACGAACAUCGAUCAAGAAAGCUUUAGAUGCAAAGAUGUCUAAGUAUCGAGCUCCCUUCCAUCAAUUACGUAUUGCCUAUGGAACUAACAAAGGAAAAAAUUACACUGAGGAAGAAGACCGCUUUUUAGUUUGCAUGCUACAUCGAUUAGGAUUCGACAAAGAGAACGUAUAUGAAGAGCUGCGAGCUGCUGUUAGAUCUGCGCCCCAGUUCCGUUUUGACUGGUUCCUGAAGUCGCGGACAGCAAUGGAGCUACAGAGACGCUGCAACACUCUUAUUACCCUGAUAGAGAGAGAGGUUCAAGAAUGGGAAGAAAAGGAAAAGGUAGACAAGAAGAAACGGGGACCCAAGACUAGCAUAGGAGCUAAAGUUGAAGCCAUACCAAAAUUGGAAGAUGAAGGAGCCAAGAGUGAAGCAACACCUACAAAGGGUUCGAAACGCAAAAGCGAGGCAGCUGUUGGCACUCCAGAAACAAAAGGACGUGGAAAGAAAAAGAGAACUUGAAAAAUAUAGCUAAUGAAUAAAACAUGGCAAAACAAAUGAAAUGACGGACAGGACGAAUAUAAGAAAAAAUGAUUCUUUGAACGAGCCAUUCCUGCUCCCCUUUUAAAAUUUCUCAUGGUAUUUACUGAUCGAUUAAUGUACUAUUUCGUGACUCAAUACACUUAAAUUCUGAAACCUC